CCUGCGGAAGGUCGUUUGUUUUCGUCACUGCUUUACUGGAGUCGCUAAAAGUGCUAAAAUCGGUGUUUAUUUCAGUAAAAUAUAAAAUCAUACUUUAUAUAAAAAACUCAGAACAGUAUUUCUAACAUACUAGAGCUUGUUAGUUAUUGCACUGUCAGUUGGAGCAGCUUUGGAGGCGAUUUUAACGUCUUUUAAAGCUUUUUGGUGAAGAAACAGCAGCAGAUUGCAGAGCUGAAGUUCUAUGUUGGUUGAAAUGUCCUCGAAGUCCAGCUCCGACAACAUCGCCCACGCGAAGCGGGUGGUCCAGCAGCUCCGCCUGGAGGCCAGCAUCGAGAGGAUAAAGGUGUCCAAAGCUUCAGCAGAACUGAUGCGCUACUGCAGCGAACACGCCAAGUACGACCCGCUGCUCAUGGGCAUCCCGGCGUCGGAGAAUCCCUUCAAGGACAAAAAGACCUGCAGUAUAUUGUAGAGGCCACGCCUCUCUCGCUCAGCUGCCCUUAAUUAUUCAGUUAUUAACACCCGAUGCUGCCUUAAUCCUCAUCCAGCACCCGACGCUGCUGCCUUAAUCCUCCCUUAAUCCUCACCCAGCACCCGCCGCCGCCUUAAUCCUGAUCCAGCACCCAACGCUGCUGCCUUAAUCCUCAUCCAGCACCCGACGCUGCUGCCUUAAUCCUCCCUUAAUCCUGACCCAGCACCCGAUGCUGCCUCAAUCCUGAUCCAGCACCCGACGCUGCUGCCUUAAUCCUCAUCCAGCACCCGACGCCGCCUCAAUCCUCACCCAGCACCCAACGCUGCCUCAAUCCUCACCCAGCACCCGACGCUGCCUUAAUCCUCCCUUAAUCCUCAUCCAGCACCCGACGCUGCCUUAAUCCUCAUCCAGCACCCGACGCUGCCUUAAUCCUCAUCCAGCACCCGAUGCUGCCUUAAUCCUCCCUUAAUCCUCAUCCAGCACCCGAUGCUGCCUUAAACCUCCCUUAAUCCUCAUCCAGCACCCGAUGCUGCCUCAAUCCUCAUCCAGCACCCGACGCUGCCUCAAUCCUCAUCCAGCACUUGACGCUGCCUUAAUCCUCCCUUAAUCCUGAUCCAGCACCCGACGCCGCCUUAAUCCUCAUCCAGCACCCGACGCUGCCUUAAUCCUCCCUUAAUCCUGAUCCAGCACCCGACGCUGCCUCAAUCCUCAUCCAGCACUUGACGCUGCCUUAAUCCUCCCUUAAUCCUGAUCCAGCACCCGACGCCGCCUUAAUCCUCAUCCAGCACCCGACGCUGCCUCAAUCCUCAUCCAGCACCCGACGCUGCCUCAAUCCUCAUCCAGCACCCAACGCUGCCUUAAUCCUCAUCCAGCACCCGACGCUGCCUCAAUCCUCACCCAGCACCCGACGCUGCCUUAAUCCUCCCUUAAUCCUCCCUUAAUCCUGAUCCAGCACCCGACGCUGCCUCAAUCCUCAUCCAGCACUUGACGCUGCCUUAAUCCUCCCUUAAUCCUGAUCCAGCACCCGACGCUGCCUCAAUCCUCAUCCAGCACCUGAUGCUGCCUCAAUCCUCAUCCAGCACCCGACGCUGCCUCAAUCCUCACCCAGCACCCGACGCUGCCUUAAUCCUCCCUUAAUCCUCCCUUAAUCCUGAUCCAGCACCCGACGCUGCCUUAAUCCUCAUCCAGCACCCGACGCUGCCUUAAUCCUCAUUCAGCACCCGAUGCUGCCUUAAUCCUCACCCAGCACCCUUCAGACUGUGUUAAUCCACUGCACUUAAUCACUGAAUAAUUAGCUGGAUUAUUAAAUGUAGAUUAUUGUUCUAGUUUUAUUUGUAGGUAGUUUUGUGCUCUUAGUGCCAAACUGAAAACAUUCCAGAAAGUUUCAAUCAGUGCAUCACGUUUUUGCAUUUUUUCCCAAUUUAUCGUAGUCAGUCUGUUUUCCGCUGCUGGUGGAUCCCUGAUUGUAGGUGAGGUGGAUAUAUUGCUGCUCACGCCUCCUCAUACCCACGCGCUGCCCUUGCCCACCCCAUGCACUCUGCACAGGCGCCUCUAUCUGCUAAUCAGGGUCCUUACACAGCGUUUGAAGGCCCCACAUAGUCCGGUCAUCCCUCCCUUAGCAGAAAUGUGUCUGCUGCAGGCACUGCCAAUCAUGCCCGCUAGAUGGUUCCCAGCCGACCGGUGGCAACGCCGAGUCUCGAACCGAGGAGUUUAGAAUCUCGGCGCUGGUGUAAUAGCGGAAUAUCCUGCUGGGCACAAUGCUGGCAUAUUUUGACACCACGGACCGUACUUCAAAUUCUUGUGAGAAGCUUCUCAGAAAAAAAGAGCGGCUGCUGUUAUAGCUGAAAUGAUCAGACGGCGGUCGCUCUGUUUUAAUAUCGUUCCGACGGUCCUGUGACAUCCGGAGUGAACAACACAUCAGAAGUAGAUGACAGUUUAGAUUGUUCGGAUUUUGCAGAGAUUAAGAUCAGUAGCAAAAUAUAAAUAAAUAUUAAAUAAAUAAAUAUAAAUAAAUAUAAAUGUUUAAUUAUUGGUCUGAAAUAUUUACAUAAAUAAACAUUUUACAAAUACAUAUAAAACACAAA